GCAGCUGUAAAUGGGACACAUGAGUUCAUUUUCCACAGCUGGUGAUGGCGGAUGUUGUUGAAAAAGACACCAUGAAGAAUUACCACAUAGCGUCUGAGAAAAUUAACCCAGAGGCCAGUCGCUAUCCAUACUGUAUUGUGUGGACACCUAUCCCCGUGUUAUCAUGGCUGUUUCCAUUCAUUGGCCACAUGGGAAUCUGUACUUCCACUGGUGUCAUCCGGGACUUUGCUGGACCUUACUUUGUCUCAGAAGACAACAUGGCUUUUGGAAGACCAACAAAGUACUGGAUCCUUGACGUGAGCAAAGUCUACGCUAGUGGCUCCAAUGCCUGGGACACGGCGGUGCACGAUGCUUCAGAGGAAUAUAAGCACAGGAUGCACAACCUCUGCUGUGACAACUGUCACUCGCAUGUCGCCAUGGCUCUGAAUCUGAUGCGCUACGAAAACAGCACCUCUUGGAACAUGGUCAACCUCUGCCUCCUUGCUCUGAUCCAUGGAAAACAUGUCAGAAGUAGGGCUGAAGCUUGUGAAUGAGGUUCCUCACCGUGAUCCCAGGGGCUCGGGCAGGAUUUUACUGGUAUGCCUUGAACCUGUUGUGUGGGAAGUAGUAAGAGUGUAUAUAGGACAUUGCUGCCUUCCCUCUGUAGUCACUUUGGUGCACAGUGGCAACUGUGUCUGCCUGUUUGUGCCACCUGUGCUAUGCCUAUGAGGUUGUCUGUUACACGGACUGACAGUUUGGCUUGUGUAUGUUGGUGUUGAUGUUGAUAUUGACCAACUAUUGUUGUUUAGAUGCUGAUCUUGUCAUUUUUAUUUUUGUAUUUUUUACAUUUAAAGUCAAAUUUACUUGUUUGGGCUAAACCUGUAUGUACUAUUAUAAU